UAUAUAUAAAAUCCUAAAGGGAAGAAGAAACCAAUUUGGCUCCAACAUAAUAUCCAAGGAAUUGGGAGGAAAAAAAUAAACAAACUUCUAUCUCUUUGCUUUCUUCCAAACUAAUUCAUAUACUUUGUAUCUUCUCAUCAUUUUCUUCAUGGACCAUUCUCUCUUACCAAGCUUCCUCUACUCCUCGACGUCGUUGCCGCAGAAGAAGAUCGUGGACGAUGUCUCCACCUAUCACCAUGUUGCGGCGGAAUCUUCCAAGUUUAUGAUUCCUUCUCCCAGCGAAACUGGGAAAAGGAACAUAAAGAUGUUCUCUCGUGAUUACUAUGUUGCUUGCGCCAUUGGUGGAAGCAUAUGUUGUGGCUUCACUCACAUGGCAGUCACACCUCUUGAUCUUGUCAAAUGUAACAUGCAGAUUGAUCCUGCCAAGUACAAAAGCAUCUCGUCUGGAUUUGGAGUGAUGCUAAAGGAACAAGGAUUUAGAGGAUUUUUCAGAGGAUGGGCGCCUACGUUUAUCGGUUACAGUGCACAAGGUGCUUUCAAAUAUGGAUUCUAUGAAUAUUUCAAGAAGUACUAUUCAGAUGUUGUUGGUCCAGAAUAUGCUACAAAGUACAAGACAUUAAUUUACCUUGCUGGAGCAGCAUCUUCUGAGGUUAUUGCUGAUGUUGCACUUUGUCCAUUUGAAGCUAUUAAGGUUAGAGUUCAAACUCAACCCGGUUUCGCUAGAGGCCUUUCUGAUGGCUUACCCAAAUUGAUCCGAUCUGAAGGAGUAUCAGGGUUGUACAAGGGAGUUGUGCCACUUUGGGGAAGACAGGUUCCAUAUACAAUGAUGAAGUUUGCUUCUUAUGAAAACAUUGUUGAGAUGAUCUACAAGCAUGCCAUCCCCACACCAAAGGAAGAUUGCACCAAAACCCUACAACUUGGUGUGAGUGUUGUGGGAGGAUAUUUAGCCGGAAUAUUGUGUGCAGUUGUGUCUCAUCCCGCAGAUAAUCUUGUAUCUUUCCUAAACAGUUCCAAAGGGGCGACCGCUGCUGACGCUGUAAAGAAGUUGGGAUUAUGGGGUAUGUGUACGCGCGGUCUCCCUCUUCGAAUUCUUAUGGUGGGAACUCUAACCGGUGCUCAAUGGGGAAUUUAUGAUGCAUUUAAAGUUUCUGUGGGACUACCAACCACUGGUGGUGUUGCUCCUACUCCAGCUUCUACUUCUUAGCUUUGGAAAGGUGUAAAAUGUCCAAUGUAGCACCAAGAUACAACACUUCAAAGAGAGCUUAACUAAAUUAAGGAUUGCAAAGGCUAAUGGGAACUUUGUAUUGAAUAAUUGGUUAGAAUAUUCUUUUAUAGUUAUAGCUUUCUAUAGUUAUGAUUUGUAAGGUUUUGCAGAAUUUAUGUAUAUUGUGUAAUAAGAGUCUGUGAUAACUCAAUUUUCUGUUACAGUAGUUGCAUAUAUGAUGGUAUCUGAGUUAUAUCAAUGAAAAAGAACAUAUAUACAGACAUUUAUAACUCAGAUACCAUCAUGGCUUUAAAUCACAAUCGCAGAUUGGGAAUGUUGAACUGAAAAAGAGGAAUGAAAUAAAGAAAGUAGUAAUAGAAUGCAUAAUCUGUAGAGUAUAUUGAAAAUACAAAGGCUCAUACUUUCAAACA